UUACGACAGUGAAAGAUACUUAGGGUAUGAAGACCUCUGAAUCAUUCGAUUCCGCUUUUUCUGCGCAUUUAUAAUCGCCCGUUCUUCCUCGGCUGCCUUCCUUCGCUGUGUAUUUUGUGCCUGUUUCUCCAUGUUCUCACUGGCAUUCCCCCAAAUGGCCGUGUGACAGGCACACACGGGCUCUGAGGUUGUGGCCUUGAUUUGAAUGUUAGUUUCCUCAUCGAGCAACUGGGUCCUCUGCAUCUUCCUCUGUAAGACAGUUUAAUCAUCAUAAUUUUGCAAGACUGGGGUGAGAGUAGACACUUCUGGAAAAGCCUUGGUUCGUGGAAAUCUCUUCGUUAUCUACUGCUUCUUUGCAAAACUGAUGGAUGAAAGAGAGGAGAACUCCAGAGUCCUUCAGAUGAUGGACAGAACCUGGAGGAGGGAUGGAGGCAGUACCCUGUGCUCAGAAAAGAUGCUGACUCAGGUGUGGGGCUUCCCUCCAGGAAGGAGGAGAGGGAGUGUUGUCAUGGAUGCAAUGGGCGUCUGCCUCUGCAGUGCUCCAUCAAAGUCAGCCUGAGGCUCCUGUGAGGAGCUCACACAGGAAGGAGGCUAAGGCUCCAGCAGGUGGAGGAGGGCCAGGGUGUGAGUGACCUCUGCGUCCCUGUGCUCACCGUGCCAAACAGAAACAACCGACGAUGACAACGACGGGGCCGUUUCUUCUUUUCAUCUAAGCCGCCAUCAUCUGAUUUGGAACAGCAGUGUUUCUAAUGGACCUGGGAAGGGGGCGGUGCUGCAGGCACAUUUCAGGAGACAAGGGCAAGGGCUGAUGGGAAAAGUCUCUCAACCGCAGGCUCCAGAUUUUGCUCAUCCUCGGAGCCCGUCCCUGAACUCACUGUCCACUACAGAGGAGCCGGUUCCUAAGAGCGUGUAUGCCAAGUGUCACAACGCCAGGAUAAAAGCAUCCUCCAGCUGCCAGCCCCUCACAGGGCCCCCUGUGUGUCACCCCUUGUGGGUCAUUUGGACCAAGUCUUUCAGAGAGCGGAGACAAGGCCUGAGCCAGGUUGCUGACCACAGCAGGAAACUACACACCAGCCUCUCAGAACCCAGGAAGCCUGUCUCUGGCCAUCCCCUCUCUAGGCUGCUGGGGUGACCAAGAUUCUCCAGAGGCCUCAGUGAUGCAUGCGUCAAAGCACAGGCUGCAGACAGUCUGACUCAGAGCAGACCUUCAUCAGCAAGCAUUUUUGGGAGAGCUGUCCUCUGCCAGCCAUUAGGGUACAUCAACAUGAAAGAGGCGUGAUCUUGGCCUUCGAGGCGUUUGGGGUGAUGGGAUAACACACUGGGGUACCCCUGCGUACAUGCACUCUGGUAGGAGCCUCACAGCUGAAGCUAGAUAGACUUAAAGGAGAAGGAGGUAGAAACCACUUGUAAACUCAGAGUGGCCUUCCUGGAGGAGGCAGCUCCUGGCCGAUUCAAGCAACAGGAACUGGGUGGGCAGAAUUUCAAGCAAACAGGAUCAUGAGGGAGACGUGCUGGGGGUAGGGUGGGUUCUGAGUGGCCCAGAUGCUGCCAGGGGGUGCCACUGGGAUGAAGAGGAGCUGAGACUUCACACUCCCCUGCCUGAGGGCUGCUGUGAGUGCCUGGGGGGAUCUAAAGGGCUCCCCAGAGAGCCCCCAGAGGGUAGAAACCGUGUCUGGAUGACCCGGGGUUGCAGACAGCACAGGUCACCUCUGCAGUAAUGAACAAGAUGAAGGAGCCCCAAUGACAGAGGGAGCAGCAAAGAUCUUUCCAGAUGCAAGGCCUCCUCCUGAUUGUGACCUGUUUUUCAUUUGUAGUCCUCAAGCUACCGAUUCAUUGAGUCACACAUGGGGCUCAUGGGACCAACCACCAGGGUUCCCACUGGCAUCCCCAAGGCCUCACAGCGUGUGCUUUGGAUAAUCCGGGACUCCACAUACUUUUUUCUCUUACCCCUCAAAUGUCUGCUUAGCUGCACCCUGCCUUGGCCUAGAGGGAGUGAGCUAUAGCCAGCCAGGGAACCAGAGUUUGAUAGACUCCGUAUAAAGCACAGUAAAGACCUGAAGGUGCUACCGGGCCAGAAGGGCCAGCCGUCGCGAUGCACCAGGGGACAUCUGAUUUACUUCUGUCCCCACAGUGAGUUAGCUCCAGGCACCCGAGCUGUGCAUCGGCCGGCCGUAACAUCUCCCAGCUGUGGGGAAAAAGAGGCUCCAGCCGCAGUCAGAUUCUGAACUGGGGAACGGUCAACUCCAAAAGUCCACCUGAUCCCAGUGUCCACCACAAAGAAUGGAGGAAGCAGCAAGAGCCGGAAGAGGAUCAUGCCUGACCCAGUGACGGAGCCCCCCACCGUGGACCCAGUUUACGAAGCUCUCCUCUACUGUAACAUUCCGAGCGUAGCUGAGCACAGCAUGGAAGGUCAUGCCCCACAUCAUUAUAAGCUGGUCUCCGUUCACGUGUUUAUUCGCCACGGGGACAGGUACCCAUUGUAUGCCAUUCCCAAAACAAAGCGGCCGGAAAUUGACUGCACUCUAGUGGCCAGCAGGAAGCCGUAUCACCCUAAACUGGAAGCUUUUGUUAGCCACAUGUUGAAAGGAUCCGGAGCCUCUUUUGAAAGCCCCUUAAAUUCCCUGCCUCUCUAUCCUAACCAUCCUCUGUGUGAGAUGGGAGAGCUCACUCAGACAGGAGUCGUGCAGCAUCUGCUGAACGGCCAGCUGCUGAGGGACAUCUAUCUGAGGAAACACAAACUCCUGCCAAACAACUGGUCCUCAGGCCAUCUUUACCUGGAGACCACGGGGAAGAGCCGCACCCUGCAGAGCGGCCUAGCCCUGCUCUUCGGCUUCCUCCCGGAGUUUGACUGGAAGAAGGUUUAUUUCAAGCACCAGCCGAGUGCCCUGUUCUGUUCUGGAAGCUGCUCCUGCCCGCUGAGAAACCAGUAUCUGGAGAAGGAACAGCGACGCCAAUACCUGCUUCGUCUGAAGAACAGCGACCUGGAGAGGACCUACGGGGAGAUGGCCAGGAUUGUGGACAUCCCCACCAAGCAGCUGCGGGCCGCCAACCCCAUCGACUCCAUGCUCUGCCACUUCUGUCACAAUGUGAGCUUCCCUUGCAGCAGAAGCGGCUGCCUCGGCAUGGAGCACUUCAAGGUGAUCAAGACACACCAGAUCGAGGACGAGCGGGAGAGGCACGAGAAGCUCCUGUACUUUGGGUAUUCCCUCCUCGGGGCGCACCCCAUCCUGAAUCAGACGGUAAACCGGAUGCAGCGUGCCGCCUCGGGCUGGAGGGAUGAGCUCUUCACCCUCUACUCUGCUCACGACGUCACCCUGUCACCCAUCCUCAGUGCCUUGGGUCUCUUGGAAGCCAGGUUCCCAAGGUUUGCCGCCAGGCUGGUUUUUGAGCUCUGGCAAGACCGUCAAAAGCCCAGCGAACAUUCCGUCCGGAUUCUGUAUAACGGGGCUGACGUCACCUUCCACACCUCCUUCUGUCAUGACUUCCACAAGCGCUCUCCCAAGCCCAUGUGUCCUCUUGAGAACUUGGUCCGUUUUGUCAAAAGGGAUAUGUUUGUGGCCCUGGACGGCAGUAGUACUAACUAUUACGAUGCAUGUCACGGGGAGGGGGCCUAAGAGGUCUUCAGCACGGAAGUGUUUGAUUGCCGCUUCUGUCUGCUGCUAAGAUGUCAAGGUAUGGAGUUCUAAAGGAUGCAGAUUGGGUGGGGUCUUCAUGCUCAUGGGUUGAGGCAAACAGGAAGCACAUAACGGUAUGUUACUCGGUACAAAAUAGCCAGUUUACAGAAGGAAGAAGGGACGUUCUCACAGCCGUGUGCAACUUAGAAUGCCAGCAUAGGGCUCAGAGCUUACAACUGCCAAGCCAACCUUACAUGACUUCUGGCCACAGAACCAGCCAACCUCUGCCAAAAUCUUCUUCAUCUCCGUCAUUUACCUUAACCUGGUUGAGUGGAAAUUUUCCCAGAGUGAUGAGUUCAAAGUGCACCCGGCAGUCUUUCCCUGGAGGGACCAGAGGGAAACCUUAGACUUUGUAGACCUAAAGGUCACAGAAUCUCCGUCAUAUCUUCUCAGCUGUGCUCUGGUGACGUGGCGAUCCAGACAUGGGCGUGUGUGACUGUGUGACACAGGCCAAACAGAAUGGGGUGGCAGCCGUCAUUGCCAAUUCAUCUUUAAAAGCCUCCGGAACCGUGGUACUUCCAACACUUUGGGAGCUAACCGACCGCCGCUCAGCAGGUCCUUUGGUAACUUCUGCUAGAAGCACAGUUUUGGGUCUCUAUCUGGCACGAUAACAAGCCCAGGGGAAUGAAUACUGGGUCAGAAAACGCGUAGAAAAUUACUACAGUACUUGAUGCUCCUGAGGGUCGUGGCACAAAAUAGCUUUAAAUGCGUUUUAGAUAUUUGUCUGCUGUAGUCUAUUGGCUGCAUAUGCUGGAAUUUUUGUAUUCCAUUUAGUAUUUUUAUAGUCUAGGAAAAUAUUUUCUGAGACCAGUUUUAGAUGUGUUCGGCUUCCUAUAGAAAUACUCCACUUACCGCACCUGCUCGGCGCUUGGAAGGAGGCCAAAAGCUCAAUUCAGACACUUUUCCCCCCUCAAAAAUAAAAAAGUAAUGACUCAUUCCCUUUGAAAGGUUGUAGAAUUGGGUCCAUUUUUAAACCAUUUUCAUCAAUUUCAAAUGCCAAAUUCCAUUUGAUUUUUGAAGAGGUUUCUAGAAAAAAACCAACUUUGUAACUCCAUAGUUAAACAAUCUUUCUAAAGUGUUUUAUACGUUAGGCGCGAUCACGGCUAAGUUCGCGGGUCCCAGGCUAACGGUGCUAGUUCGGUCCAAAGCCGUGGCCCAUGCAGGCGGUGUGUUUUGGCUUCAGCGCAUUCCAGCCUUUCUCUUCCUUUGUGUCUGGUGUUGCAUUUGAACACGUUUUGUUUUUAGAAAUAAAAACUUUUGAAUUCCUAA